CCCUGCCCCAAAUUACAGGCCUGCAACCAUUUCAACACAUAUAUCUGCUCUGGUGGAUUACCUGGAGCACUGUCCCCGGCUGGGGACUGUUAAACUGAACCCGGUAAACACUCCCUGGGAGCUGGGAAAGGCUGUGUUUGGUCUGCUUGAGGACAAGUCUCGGUGUUUUCGGCAUGCCUCUGCACAGUAUUUGGCCUUUGCAUAGGAUGUUUUGUCAGGACUGAGGAAAAGGUGGCACAAUGGGCAACGAGGACUGCCUCGAGGAUGUGUUUGUUGCUGUCAUUCGCCCGAAGAGUCAAGUCAGCCUGAGCUCAAAGGAAUACAGAGCCAAAGCCUAUGAGAUCCUGUUGAUAGAAGUGCCUUUGGAAGGGAAGGAGAAGAAAAGAAAAAAAGUCCUACUGGCGACAAAAAUCCAAUCAGGAGGAGACAAAUCCAAGUCCAUAUUGGAUUAUGUUGACGAAACAAUCAAACCGAUAUCCAAUAAUCAAGGCUUCAUAGGAAAGCGAGUGGUGCACAUGAAGAAAUUUCCCCUCGAUGGAGACAAUGAAGGAAAAGAGGCCUCACUUUUUGUUGUGCCGGUCAGUGUUAAAGACAACAGCAAGCCUGUCUACAGCGCUGGGAGCCCCAGCUUCUACUGUUUCCAGGACAUCAUGCGGGUGUGCAGUGAGACCAGCGUUCACUUCUGCUCCAUCACCUCCAAGAUGCUCCUGGCCUUAGACAAAUGGUUAGCAGAGCAACACACCGUUCCUCAUGCCAUCCCCGCUCUGUUCAGGCCAGCACCCGUAGAGCGUGUGAAGACCAACGUCAGCAACCCCGCCUACAGCAGCGAGGGCAAACUGAGUGACGAGGGUCUGCACAUGGGUUACACUGCCCUGGAGAUCAAGAGCAAGAUGAUGUCCCUGGAGAAGGCAGACAUGUGCAUCCUCAACCCACUCUACGGCUCCGAUCUGCAGUACACCAACCGGGUGGACAAAGUUAUCAUCAACCCAUACUUUGGCCUCGGAGCCCCAGACUACUCUAAGAUCCAGAUCCCCAAGAGGGAAAAGUGGCAACAUGGCCCCAACUGUGUGACAGAAGACAAGGAGCGGCAGUGGGUGGACGACUUUCCUCUCCAUCGUAGUGCCUGUGAAGGAGACACAGAGCUGCUCUCGAAGCUUCUGGACAGUGGUUUCUCAGUCAAGCAGCUGGACAGUGACCACUGGGCUCCUAUUCACUAUGCCUGCUGGCACGGUAAAGUCGAGGCAACCAAGCUUCUCCUGGAGAAAGGUAACUGUAAUCCGAACCUGCUGAAUGGUCAGCUCAGCUCCCCUCUGCACUUUGCAGCCAGAGGAGGCCACGCAGAGAUAGUGCAACUCCUGCUGCAGCAUCCUGAGAUCGACCGGCACAUAGAGGACCAGCAGAAGAGAUCACCUCUACAAGUGUGUGAGGAGAACAAACAGAAUGAAUGGGAGGAGACGGUGAAGCUUCUGCAGCAAGCCAGCAGCAAACCUUAUGAGAAGGUGCGUAUCUACCGUAUGGAUGGCUCAUAUCGCUCUGUGGAGCUAAAGCAUGGCAACAAUACGACUGUACAGCAGAUCAUGGAGGGCAUGCGUCUUUCUCAGGACACCCAGCAGUAUUUUACCAUCUGGAUCUGCUCCGAGAACCUCCACCUGCAGCUGAAGCCGUACCAUAAGCCCCUACAGCACCUGCGGAUCUGGACUGAAAUUGUGACAGACCUGACAGUGCUGGAUCCUCAAAGGGAGACACCUCAGCUCUUUCUCCGCAGGGAUGUCCGGCUGCCUCUUGAAAUUGAGAAAAAGGUGGAGGAUCCGCUGGCCAUCCUCAUCCUGUUUGACGAGGCGCGUCACUGCCUCCUGAAGGGCUUCUUUCCUGCUCCCGACAGCAAGCUGAUCACUCUGGCCAGCCUCCUCCUGCAGAUCAUCUACGGCAACUAUGAGAGCAAGAAGCACAAGCAAGGGUUCCUCAAUGAGGAAAACCUGAAAUCUAUUGUGCCGAUAUCAAAGGUGAAAAGCAAAGCGUACCACUGGACCAACAGGAUUCUUCAUGAGUACAAAGCCCUGAGCACGAGCGAGGGGGUGAGCAAGGAGAUGCACCACCUGCAGCGACUCUUCCUGCAGAACUGCUGGGACAUCCCAACCUACGGAGCAGCUUUCUUUACAGGCCAGGUCUACACCAAGGCCAGCGCCAGCAACCACAAAGUCAUCCGUGUCUACGUUGGCGUCAACACAAAGGGGCUGCACCUCAUGAACAUGGAGACCAAGGUCCUUCUCAUCAGUUUAGAGUAUGGCACAUUCAUGUGGCAGCUUGGACAUGCUGACCAGUACUUCCAGAUACACAGCGGUGACAACAAAAUGAACUUCAUUGUGCACACAAAACAGGCCGGCCUUAUUGUGAAGCUUUUAAUGAAGCUGAGUGGACAGAUGAAUCCAAAUGAUAAAGCCAUAACAGACAAAUAUGCCUAUGGCUGAAACCUGUUGAACGCAGCACAGGUUCUUCUUGCUGACUUUCAUCGACUGCAAUAAAUGUGGAUGGAGAGCAAAGUCAGUCUCUCCACAAACGCCUUUUGUAUAUUAGGCUUACCAACCAUCUUUCACAACUUCACUUGGUAUAUUUUUGACAGGUCAUAUAUUUUCAUUGCAUGUAAAUAUUUUUAGUAUUUAAUGUUUUGUUUUAAUAAACUGAUUGACGUAUG